GCAUAAAGAAUGGCGUUGUUGCGCCUCCUGCGCCUUCGCCGUUGGUGGAGACAUGGCAAAAACGUCCUCUUGCGCGCGUCCUCUUCGAUUGGAGUCGGCAGCAAGCGCUUCGAGAAGGAUACCCGCGUUGUAUUUUGCAAUGAACCCGAUAGCACUCAUUUCAUAGGGAACAAGAUCCGGACUACCAAGUACACUUUGUUGUCCUUUUUACCGAAAGCUCUUUACGAGCAAUUCCGACGCGUUGCCAAUCUGUACUUCGCAUUCCAUGCCGCUCUCUCUCUCACACCGCUGAGCCCUGUCAACCCCAUCACUACAAUCACUCCGUUGCUCUUCGUGAUUGGCAUUGCGAUGGUGAAAGAGGCCAUAGAGGAUGUGAAGCGGGGGACGGCAGACACGGAGUUAAACCGAAGAAAGGUGCAAAUCCACACGGGGGGGGGUGUGUUUCAAGAUCGUAGCUGGUCUGACGUUCGAGUGGGGGAUAUUUUGAAGGUGGUUAGCGAUGAGGUGUUUCCGGCGGAUUUGCUGCUGCUUUCAUCCUCCGACCCCGAUGGGAAUUGUUAUGUAGAGACGAUGAAUCUGGACGGAGAAACGAACUUAAAGCUGAGGAAAUCACUGGACGAAACGAAGAUGCUGACCGAGUUCGCCUUCUCGACUUUCAAAGCCAGACUGGAGUGUGAAAAGCCCAAUGAGCAGCUGUACAGUUUCGUAGGGAAUUUGACUGUGGGAGAAGGGGACUCGAUGACCUCGAUUCACCUCUCUCCUCAGCAAAUACUUCUCAGAGGCUCCACUCUGAGAAACACGAGUUUUGCGUUGGGCGUGGUCAUCUUCACCGGAUUCGAAACGAAGAUCAUGUUAAAUGCAACGGACCCUCCCUCCAAGAGGAGUCGUAUUGAGAAGAGACUCGACUGGAUUGUUUUGUGCCAGUUGAUCUUGCUGGCAGCUAUGUCGCUUUGUACGGCGAUUGUCUUUGCGGCGAGGACGGGCAAGGAAAUGAAGGACUUCUGGUAUCUAGCACCAGGGCAGACGUCAGGGACUGACAACAUCUCGAGGAACAUGUUCAAUGCAGAUGCACCAGUUCUCGCGGCGGUGUUCUCUUUCUUCACGAGUUUCGUUCUGUAUGGUUACUUCAUCCCCAUUUCCUUGUAUGUUUCCAUAGAGAUUGUGAAAAUCUUCCAGGCGUUGCUUAUCAAUGCUGAUUUGAAGAUGUAUUAUGAAGACACAGACCAGCCAGCUUUUGCUCGAACAUCGAAUCUCAAUGAAGAACUGGGACAGGUGCAAACAGUGCUGUCUGACAAAACUGGUACGCUGACAAGGAAUGAAAUGGAGUUUAUCAGGUGCUCGAUAGCCGGGGUUUCGUAUGGAAGGGGAACGACAGAGGUGGAAAGAGCUGCCGCGGCAAUGUUGGGGCAGUCGUUUCACAAUGAUGAUGAAGGGUGUGCGGCAACGGAGAUGCAGCCAUUGGAAAAAGGGUUCAAUUUCAGAGAUAUCAGGCUGUCAGAUCAGAACUGGUUAAGUGAGACUAAUGCCGAUGUCAUUAGAAGAUUCCUUGAGAUUUUGGCUGUAUGCCACACAGUUAUUCCCGAUGGAGUGCCAGAUCCAUCCACCAUCAGGUACAUGGCAGAGUCUCCAGAUGAAGCGGCGCUUGUUGUUGCUGCGAAACGAUUGGGUUUUUUCUUCUACAAGCGCUCAACCAAAGCAGUCUGGGUGAAGGAGUUCGGAACGAACGGCAGAGUCUGGGACAGAAAGUAUGACAUUCUCAAUGUAUUGGAGUUCAACAGUUCGCGGAAGCGGAUGUCAGUUAUUGUUCGGGAUCCAGACGGGCAGCUACUCCUCUUCACUAAAGGCGCAGAUAAUGUGAUAUGCGAGCGACUCGGACGCAACGGCCAAGAGUUCAAGAGGAUGACUGUGCUACACAUGAACGAGUACGCGGAGGCAGGAUUACGAACGCUAGCUUUGGCGUAUGCUCCAUUGGAUGAGCAAAUGUUUCUCACAUGGAAGGAGAGUUGGGAAGAGGCCAAGAAGGAUGUGCGGGAUGCAAAGGUGCAGGCUGGAAAGCUAGAUGCUUUGUCUGAAGAAAUAGAAAAAAAUCUGAUCCUUGUUGGUGCAACAGCGAUUGAAGACAAGCUGCAGGCAGGAGUUCCACAAACUAUCGACACCCUUGCUCGAGCUGGCAUCAAGCUUUGGGUUUUGACAGGGGAUAAAAUGGAGACAGCAAUCAACAUCGGGUACGCUUGCAGCCUUCUACGGCACAACAUGGUACAGCACAUUCUGAGCAUCUCUGAGGACCAGGAGGUCAUGGCGGCCGAGGAAAGCAAGAAUAAGAGUUACAUAGAGGAGGUGUCAAAAGCAUGUGUCAUUCGCCAAAUAAGGGCAAGUUUGAAGGCCCUAAGGAAUGAUGCAUCCUCUGGGCCAGGUUAUACUGAUCGAUCCCAUGCAUUGAUCGUUGAUGGUAAAUCACUGACCUAUGCUGUUAGUGAUGACGAUCCGAUAACCAGCCGGGAGUUUUUGGAAUUAGGAAUGUCGUGUGAGUCGGUGAUUUGUUGUCGGGUUUCCCCGAAACAGAAGGCAGAUGUCACGGCGCUUGUGAAGAGGGAAGGAAAGGAGGUAUGCUUGAGUGUUGGUGAUGGAGCCAAUGAUGUUGGAAUGAUCCAAGAAGCAAACAUUGGGGUUGGAAUUAGUGGCUUGGAGGGGCAGCAGGCAGUUAUGGCUGCAGAUUUCGCAAUUGGUCAAUUUCGGUUUCUGGAGCGAUUGCUUCUGGUCCAUGGUGGCUGGUGCUACAAGCGCAUUUCCCGUAUGAUCAACUACUUCUUCUACAAGAACUUUGUGUUUGGAUUCACUAUCUUCUUCUUCAAUGCGCAUGCAUUUUUCGCAGGCCAGUCGAUAUAUGCGGACUGGUAUCUCUCCAUCUACAAUGUUGUUUUCACGUCAUUGCCGAUUUGCGUUGUCGCAGUUCUUGACCAAGAUGUAAAGGACACAAUGCGCAUUAAGUAUGCAGCUCUGUAUCGCCAGGGCCAGAAGAACACGUACUUCAAUGUCAAGAAUAUUUCUGUGUGGCUGUUGAAUGGGGUGAUGCAGUCAUCGGUCAUUUUUUUUUCUCUGAAGGCCUUUUACCAGCUGCGGUCUGACAGGGAUGAUGGCAAAACUGUGGGCAUGUAUCACGUUGGCACGACGAUGUACACCUGCGUGGUGAUGACUGUGAACCUUCAACUUGCAAUUGCUAUCCAGUUUUGGACAUGGCUUCAUCAUUUCACAGUCUGGGGCAGCAUUUGCAUCUGGUUCAUCUUCUUGCUCGCUGUCGGAGAAUUCCCGUACAAACUGGUGGGCCCGAUUCGCCGCAUCUUUGUGAGCGAUGUCGGUACAGCGCCGUCAUUCUACCUCGUCGUGAUUGUUGUUGUUAUCAUGGCCCUUCUGCCAGACUUUGUCAUGCGGUCAUUCGUGAGGAACUGGCUUCCAGAUGACCACCACAUCGUCCAGGAAAUACAGCGUAUGCAGCGGCAAGAGGAAAAUGUACAGCCGAGGGCAUCGAUGAAGCGCAAGGAGGGUGAAGCGGCCACGCCAAGAAGAUCACCGCUGAUACUGAAAGCAGCCUCAUUUCAUGAGGCAGUCGGCUUUUCUGGCUUCUUGAGACCGGAUAGUGUGCACAGUCCAGCGUUGGGUGUCAGUGGAGAACACAAGAGGAUGUCAUCGGUAGACUCGUCCACUGGAAAGGUUCUGGAAUGUAGAUCUAUGCCAGGAAGCGGGGGGACCACACCAAGUCAUGCAUUGGCUUUCGUACCAAUGGGUAAUGUCGAAAAAACUGAGAUAAAGCAGUGCGAAGGGGAACCUCAGAGAUCGCCCUCUGCGCCAGCAUCCCCAGCGACGCUCGGGGCUGCCGGGAUGAGGGCUGCCAGGCGGAAUGUUGCAGGUCUGCCUCCGAAAGUAAGCGCAGGGAAAAAGGUUGCUGGCAGUGACACCGUGGGAGAGUGGAGUUCCGGAGAGGUUUUGAAGGAUUCUCAGCCAUCGAUCGCGCACCACGGCAGAGAUUGGAGUUCCGAAGAAGUUUUGAAGGAUUCUCAGCCAUCGAGCGCGCACCACGGCAGAUAGCCAUCCCUCCUUCGCAGGGUUUAUGCCUACAUACAGACGUCCCAAAAAAUGUGGAUCGGUUGUCCGAGGGAGCGUGAAGGUAAGCACACACAUAUUGCAAUGUUGUGAAGAAAUGCCUAUGCCCUGUAUGUAGUAGUACAAACCGUAAUUAUAUAUAUAGAUGUUAUGGAAAGAAUAAGGGCCUGUCUGUCGUGACAGGCGGUUGCAAAGAUGCGGCCUUUCGUAGUCUGCGUGACAGAUUACAUAAAGGUUUUGCAUCUUCUCCAUCCUCAUCCCCAUGGUUCCUUUCAUGGAAGCGCAGUUGGUGGAGGAAUGGAUAUAUCCUCGUCCAUAUCCUCGGGGAAGCGCCCUGCCAUUGAUCGUUCCGUGAACAAAUGGAUCUGCUCAUGCCAUGGUAAUUGUCACCUUGGGUAAUUACCGUGUCCUCAGGUAAUUAUCACCGUGGUAAUUACCAACCAUGCCCUCGGAUAAUUAUCACCUUUUCGACGAGAGCAUCAAGCAGACGUAUGUUUGCAAUAAUCCUGUGUCCUUUUUUUGAAUCGCUAGGGUUAACGUUACGAGGUAGAUGUUUAUCGGAAUUGAGAGUAGGCCAGAAGAGCUAGCAAAAAGUACACCUAGGAGAUGAAGAUAGAACGGAGCAACCGAAGCAAACGGAUCCUAGUGAAAAAGGGGACUGAGGGCAUACUCACGCUGUGACUUUGUUGGUUGUAUCUGAUGGCAAUUUGCCAAUUACAGCCAGGCAAGGAUGUUUUCUGUGAGUAUGUGCUGACUGUGACAAAGGGGAUGCUGAGGGGGGGGGGGAGACGGGCGGGGGAACGAUGAGCUGGGUUGUAAUUUGUAAAUGAUCGAUGGUGGCACCUUUUGACCACCAUAGCCAAUGGAGCUUGGGUAUUCACAGCGCAUGGGUUCCGCUUCCUGAAUUUCUCGAAACUCCUCCGUUGAUAGCUAACUAUGGAGCUUUGGCGUUUGCUGGGUAUCACCCUAUACAUCACCAACCACUAACCCGAUAGAGCUGUUACACAGGGAUUGCCUUGGCUUUCUUAUCUGGUAUUUUUUGUGUCAUAUAUAACACAGGUGCUGUGCAAGCUAUAGCCCUCUCCAGGUAGGAACCCAUCCUGGUAGAUAUUAUACAGAAGUACUUGCACAUGUUGGCUGGACAUAAGGUUAUAAUAUACACUUCCUUCACUAUGUUACUUGGUCGUUGAAGGCUGCUGUUUUGGAUCGCCAAUCUCUAGCAUCUAACGUAUCUUCCUGGCCAAUCAAGGCACGCUCUCAGCGUUCUGUCUUCGGCAAUGGAACUUUCAAGGUGCCUUGGGCAUUGGUGAUGGGAAUGUUUUUUUCUGCUUCUUGGGAUGGGACAAUUAGAGACGGAGUUGGUACCUCUGAGGAAGCUUCAAACUCAGAGAGACACAUGCACUCUUUCAUCCUGUUGGCCAUAAAACUGCAUUCCUCCGUCUUGCCCUACUUUUCUGGAGUGUUAUUUCUGUGAUAAUGGAUAAUGUACUUGAAUGUAUUCAUUAUUCAUUAGCCAUUAUAUUCAAAUAGCGAAAGUCGUCGGUGAACUACCAACCAGCAGCAGUCGAUGUUGCUCUACUCAUCUUUGUGUUGCCUUUGUGGUAUUAUGGACGAUGACAGAGCGUGAACAAUCUUUCCUCUGAGGCUGUGGAGGCAGAUGAAGAUGAGCAGCCUGUUGAGUCUCUCAUCUGGUACAGGAACUGUAUUUCAGGUGCGAGAUCUUCCAUCUGCUUUGUACAUGCCUCUUGACAUUUGAAUCAGAAAAAAAAACGGCUUAUCUGAACAGUAAAGGUGUGUCAGUUGA